AACAUGAUUAAAGCUAUCUUAAUAUUUAACAACCAUGGGAAACCACGACUCAUCAGAUUCUAUCAAUAUUUCGCAGAAGACAUGCAGCAGCAAAUAAUCCGGGAGACGUUUCAUUUGGUGUCAAAACGGGAUGACAACGUGUGUAAUUUCUUGGAGGGUGGAAGUCUCAUCGGCGGCUCUGACUACAAGUUGAUAUACCGCCACUACGCCACUCUCUACUUUGUCUUCUGUGUGGACUCGUCCGAGAGCGAGCUGGGCAUUCUGGAUCUGAUCCAGGUGUUUGUGGAAACACUGGAUAAAUGCUUUGAGAACGUCUGUGAACUGGACCUCAUAUUCCACAUGGACAAGGUCCAUUAUAUUCUGCAGGAGGUGGUGAUGGGCGGCAUGGUGCUGGAGACUAAUAUGAAUGAGAUCGUAGCUCAGGUGGAACUACAGAAUCGCAUGGAGAAGUCUGAGGGCGGUUUGUCGGCGGCGCCCGCUCGCGCGGUCUCUGCCGUGAAGAACAUGAACCUGCCCGAGAUCCCGCGCAACAUCAACAUCGGAGACAUCAACAUCAAAGUCCCCAGCCUCUCCCCGUUCUGA